UUCUGCAGUUUGGGGCUGAUUUAUACCAACAAAUCCUGCACCAUGCCUCCCAUCACCUUCCAGGAUUUACCGCUGAACAUCUACAUGGUGAUUUUCGGCACCGGCAUCUUCGUCUUCGUCCUUAGCCUCAUUUUUUGCUGCUACUUCAUUAGCAAACUUCGACAUCAGGCACAGAGCGAGAGAUUCGGUUACAAAGAGGUGGUUUUGAAAGGUGAUGCCAGAAAACUAAACUUGCACGGGACUUGCGCCGUCUGCCUAGAAGACUUUAAAGUGAAAGAUGAGCUGGGAGUGUUGCCAUGCCAACAUGCCUUCCACAGAAAGUGCCUCGUGAAGUGGCUGGAAGUCCGGUGUGUCUGCCCCAUGUGCAACAAGCCCAUUGCAGGCCCUGCAGAGCCUCACCAGAGCAUCGGGACCCUGCUGGAUGAGCUGGUGUGACAUUCGCCUCCCCCUGCCCAUAACUGCUGCCCCGUAGCAGAGCCUCUGCUGAAGCAGACUGUUGUACAGAGACUCGGCGUCUGAUACUUGCUUCCCAGCCAGAGACACCUUCUGCCAGGUGUCAUCUUCUCCCUCCUAGGAGGAGGGAGGGAAGGACCAUACCAAGUGCCAAGACGGAGGGCGAGCAGGCCUUGCUGUCCGUCUGCAGCCUGGGAGCAAGGGGAUGCUGGAUGAAGUCAAGCCUGAAAGCUGUGCGUCACCGUUCUCUUAACACGCCAAGAACUUGACCGCACCUCCCAUGAGGACGUUACAAGUCUCUGCCACCAGAUUUCUGAAACUGGACACUUUGGGCCAAAGCUCUGAGCUCCAGCAGCCAGAUCGAGUCUUCCCUUCCUCUAGGAAUUACAACCAACAAAAGGCAACUGCUCAGCGUCUCUUAUUCCUAUUUUUAGCAGGUCUAAUAACACUCCCCCCUUUUUAAACGGAAACUCUCCACCCCCAUUGUGGGACCACGGACUCCUGCUUGGGGAAGGAUCCCUUUUUGCAGUUAAAAGCCAAGAGCUAUAGCUUGGGUGCUGUCCGACCCAGAUCAGUCGCUAGGUUCUGCUAAGAUUCUUCUCUGCAAAACCUACAGUCUGUGUUUACGGACGGAAAAGCAUUGCAUGUGCCGCUGAAGAUGCUGUCCAGCUGGCUGGCGGAAGAGCAGGGGGGUCAGUCUUUGCGCAGCUGCCUCGGACUUGUGGCUUGAGCAGGUGGGAACGGGGCCCGGGUCUUGACUCUGUCUUGGCCCCUCCUUACUGGCGGCUAGUGGAGGAGGAGGAGGCAUCAGGGGAGAUAAAGGGGGGGUUCUUCUGUUUUGAUCUGGAAGAUGGGUGGGCUGUAUUUUCUUAAGUGGCCUUUGAAGUUUU